AUGCUUGCUCUAUUACUCAUUCUCGCUUUUCUACACAAUGUUGAUUCGAUAGGUGUGCAGUUAAAUAGAUGCCUUGCUUCAUCGUUGCCUGCUGUUCCUCGACCAUGGCCACAUCCAUCAGCUUGUAAAGAUAAAUAUCCAGUCAUUUGCAACUCACUUUUUUCACCUCUUCCUUCGGACCUAACUCAUAACUCAAUUAUGACAAAUCCUUACUUGGUUAAUCCGAAUUGCCAAAAUUCGACACUUUUGGCAGCUGCUGAAAUGUUAUGUCCAUCAUCGUGCGCCUUGUGUUGUUUAACACCCGACUAUAAGUGUAAAAACUCCGCUCCAUCUUGCUCUGCGUUCUCUCACAAACCAGAAAUGUGUACAGAUCCACAAACUGCUGCAGAGGCAUUGAAUGGAUGCCCAGCGACCUGUGGACUGUGCACUAAGCCUGGUGCUAAUGGUGUUUGCUCAGAUACUCCAGGUGCACCUUGUGAAGAGUUAAAACCAGCAUUGUCGUGCUAUAAUAAAUAUAUGAGACAAAACUGCAUGCGAACAUGCAAAUUUGACGAUUGCAAGCAUUGGUUCCAUUCUAAUGCAGCGGAAAUGCUUAUUUAA